UUGCUAUCUGUUUUCGAAUAGUAAAGUAAGCCUUCAACAGUUGGUGUGGUGAAAACACUAUUGCAGCCAGCCGCACAGCAGGUAGGAAUGUAUGAAGCCGGAGCCGCAAACGCUACGCACUAUGCGGCCUGCCGCAACCGCACGCGGUUAGCUGCUUAGUGCGUACUAGCCCUAAGAAAAAACACUCGCAAUACCCUCCUGAUCCACUUUAACACCCACAUUAACAAUACAAACACGACACACAUCGUUACAAAGCGAACAAAGAGGACAAUUUUAUCAUCGUCUCAAUGAUCCCUUAUCAAAGUAUCCGGCAGUCUGUUUGCGGUGUUCGGGGAGAAUGGGUGGUCAUACAAAUAAUAAGUGGGGGUAUGUGGUGUGUUUUGGGACUAUUAUUACGUUCGUAGCCGGCAUCGGUCAUGUGAAUUCAUUUGGACUGAUCUACAAUGACUUUAUAAAUGAGACGCACUCGACAGCAAAGUCUCUCACGGCGGCGCACGGAGUUUUUGCCGUCAUGUUAGCUAUAGGAGGUCUGAUUCUCAACUUAGUAUCUAAAAAGCAUUCCCUACGUUUCGGAGGCUUCCUGGGAGCAGCGACAUUCACCGUCGGUUCCAUCACCACAAUCUUCAUAUCCAGCACUAACCAGCUGCCUCUCACCUUUGGAGUGCUCCAAGGCAUCGGUUUUGGCAUGAUGGUUCCAGUUUGCUACGCCACUAUGAAUUACUACUUCGACAAAAAGAGAAGAACUACAGUCAUGAGCGUCUGCAAAGCAGUUCAAGGAAUUAUACUAAUGGGAUAUCCUCAGUUGCUAAGACAAUUCAUUUCAAUGUAUGGAUUCAGAGGAACGUUACUGAUAAUAAGUGGAAUAUCUUUUCACACUGUCCCAGGGAUGGCUAUUAUGAAGACUGAUGAGAAGCUUGUGAAAAUAACAGCAGCAAAUGGCAAUGAUGUAGAAGGGAAUGCAAGUGAAUUGAAGAAUAAAGAAAAUGUUAAGUUGUUAAAUCUUGCAGAAAUCGAGGUUACUAAAGAUGAUACUCGUAGUAACGCUAAUAAAAUCAGAUCUCAAAUAGCCGAGUUCUUCAAUUUGAAAGUGCUGCGCGAUCCAAUUUUCUUCAACAUCUGUUUGGGCCAAAGUUUCGUCAACUUCUCUGACAUCACUUUCUUCGUAUUUCAGCCGAUGCUGUUGUUUCAAUAUGGCUACGAGAAAAGUGAAGUGGCAACUUGCAUCUCAGUCUGCGCGGGCGCCGACGUGGCGGGUCGAUGUGCGCUUGCAUUGCUCAGCAGUUUGAUUCCCGUCAAUACCAGGCUACUGUUUUAUAUCACCACCCUCCUCACACUUGUUACUAGACUGGUGGUCCUCCAAAUCACUUCCUUCGCCUGGGUGUGCGUGGUCACCGGAGCCCUAGGGGUGCUCCGAGCCUGUCUCCACGUGGCCAGCCCGCUGGUGGUGGCCAACCACGUGAGCCACGCGGACUUCCCCGGCGCGUACGCUCUCUUUAUGCUAUCCACUGGCGUGGUCAACGUUCUGUGCGCGCCUUUGAUAGGAGUUCUAAAGGACGUCUACUCAGACUACGUUCCAGCAUUCUACGCUCUGGCAGCCUGCUGCGCGCCGUGUCUGGUUUUCUGGCCCAUAGAGUAUUUAGUCAGAAGACACGGCUCAUCACCAUCAUCAUCAUCAUCUUAGCGAUAUUGUGGUAUUUUUACUUGGGCAGCAUUUGGCACGCAUGUCAAGUGAAACUCCGCAAACUUAAUAUAAAAUUGAUACAAAGGUGAUUUAGCAACUAUGACAUGUUGUAGACACUUGGCUUUUAAAAUGUGUAAAUACCUAUAUGACGUAAUAUGUGAAAAUAAGUAGAGUACAUUUAGAUAUGAUUCAAUUUUAUUGUGAUACUGUAUAAAAUUGAGUAUUAAAACUAGACGUAACGUGUUUUUAAGAUAU